AUGUUUCCAUUUGUCGGGCGAACUUGGACAGAGCCAGAGAAAGAAGGAAAGGAAGCGUUGCCGAGUGAGAGAGAUACGGGGACGACUACCCCUCGGACCUCGUCGUACGCUGUCCCCUCGCCGUCUCCUGUUGCAGAAUCCGGCCACGUGGGAGAGCCUCCAACCUCGUCUCCUCUCCAGGUGCCGGCUGCAGCGAGCUGCGUCUACUGCGCGAUCAAAAACCUCUUCGCCAAUUACCAAUUUGGAAACUGUGAAGUUCUGCCGGCGGCAGCUGUUCGCACCUCUCUGGCGACCUGUUGGGCCAGCACCCGAUUCAAGCCUGGGGACAUGGAAGACGCAGAUGAGACGCUCGAGGGAGUUCUCGACGCGCUACACGCGUGGCACCAAGGCCUGAGUGCCCCCCCACCGUCCGCCUACUUCCGCCACGCACAUGCCUCCCCUGAAGCCGGCGCCGCUGCUUCAGAGCGCGACGACCUCUCAAAUCCGUUGAAGUUCCUCGCUUUUUAUCGAGACAUUCCCUGCAACCCGCCGUGCCUGGCCCACAGACUCUUUUCUCUGCAUCUUCUCUUCUUACCGCGCUGUACAGCCUGCGGGGCUACUGGAGAACCCCUCGUUCAGCAGCUGUAUGUACACCGUGCCUACACGGCGGAACUCCUUCCUCUCCUCGCCUCGAAGCCGGGGAUCCAUUCGUCCUCCGCUGGCAGUGGAAACGUUUCGUCGUCGUUGCGCGUCUCCACGCCGGUCCCUCGUUCAGGGUCUCCUCAACGCCCUUCUCCGUUUUCCGACGCUUCUGCGUUGUUUCUGAGAACUCCUGAAAGCGCAGUGCAGUCUGCGAGACAGGCCACGCUUGACGCGCAACAGGACCACCGUAAAGCGACGGCUCCGGACGUUCCAUAUUCCAGUGCAUGUACAGACUGCGGCGAAACUCCAUUCCGCACGUCCUCGGGUCGAAGCAGUUUUGGAGUCUGUUUGCGUUAUCUCUUCCUCUGGGAUUGGACAUUCGCAAGCCGUGAGUCACUGUGCAUACCUCGUCUGCGCACAGAAGCGAAGAACGCGAAGACAUCCCCUUCAGAUUCCACGUCUCUGUCGAGUGAGAACGAGGCAAUCGGCGAAGACGGAGCAGCCGUAGCUCCGAGGCUUUGGCGCCCGGAAAAAGACGCAGAAGGUGCGGGAAAGGGCUUGAGAGGCAGUGACGCAUUUGGAGGCAAACGAGAAGAAUCCAAAGCUUCGCUACCUCCUCUCCCCGCGGCGCGGACUUUCAGGCCGUCUCUCGUUUCCGAAAACGGGGGAGACAGCCAUUGCUGCGAGAGUGCCUUUGCAGACUCUGACAGCUUAGAAGAUGAGCUAAAGAGGCUGCAGCAAUUCUUCCAACACGCGAAUAUCGUCCGUCUCUCUCCUCAAGGCAAAGCGAAGAAGAAGGAAGCCGCUGCGCGGGGAGGUGAUGUCGGCCGGCCAGUGAGGCAGCCACGCGGACAGAUGCAACGCGGAGAAGGCAAAGAUGGAAAUGCAUUGACGAGCAGGGCGGAAACGGAAGACGCAAAGGACCAACAGAGAGGAGACUGCGACCUGACCUGGUUACCAGAUCUGGCGCAGCUGGGCCCCUCAUCCCCUGGCUUAGGAUCUUCUUCGUCCUCAGAGGCAUCGUUUGAGCCAUCGGAGUCAGGAAAUCAGAACGGAGUGUCACCGAUGCAGGCCGAGUCUGACGAGGUCCGGCAGUCGAUCUUUCUUCUCCUUCAGAGUUUAGAGCCUGUCCUCGAUGUUCGAGAAAUCUUUUCAUCCAACUCGCAAGAUACGCAGGUCUCGUCUUUCGGGGGACAUCGAAGCCAAGCUGAGUCUCGAGAUCAAGCCGAAGGAUCCGCCAGAGACAGCCAAGGGUCCAAACCGCCGGCUGGAGUGGUCGCGCCAUCUCCGUUUUCCCACAGAGGACGGGCCAGACGAGAGGCAGCUUCUCGAGCCGCUGUUCGUCAGGAAGUUGAAGCCUUCACUGCAGACAUGGACGGAAAACACGUGUUCAGAGGCAUGGUUUGUUUUUAUGGCCAGCACUACGUCUGCUUUUUCCACCACUGGGCCUCGGCGAAGUGGGUGCUCUUCGAUGAUUCCCGAGUGAAGCGUGGGUUGACGUGGAAGGGCGUCGUGUCCAUGUGCGUCGCCGGGAAACUCCUUCCUUGUCUACUCUUUUUUGAACGCAUAUCUCUCCGUCCGGCGAACCGAAGGAUCAAACUUUCCCCUCCAUCGGCCUUUCCUUCUUCCUCGUCUUUCGGCGAGACCCCGACUCAUCCUGGAAACUCGAUGCGGCGAGCAGACGUGCAGCGCUCUGAAGGCCAAGACAUGUGCUGUAGGGUAAUGUCCGAAGACUCGGCUGAGGAGUCCCCUUCGUUCGCUCGUCGACACGGGCAGCGGACCGGAAACGGAGAACUGUGGCGUGAAGGCCAGAGGGACGAAUAUGGAAAGGAGGACCUCCAACUCUUCUGUGCAGAAAUGCUCUCCUGUCAACAUCUGCUUCUCGAAGAGUUCUCCACUAACGAGGCGAAGAAGACUGCUGUCGCCCUAGCGUUCACAAAUGUCCCCAGUGCCGCAGGUGAUUCCGCAAGCAGCGCAGCGCCGUGUCGCAUUUCUUGA